AUGGUCACUGGAGCUGGCCACGCGAGAAAACAUCUUUCCUCAAAAAAUGGUUGUGCUCCUGGAUCGAACGGAUUAUUUAGCUACGGCAAAAAAAAUGGAAAUUAUGUCGCCGAAUCUCGGGAUGAGUUCGAAGAAACUCCUUUCCAUGCCGCGGUGAUGACCUAUCUCUCCUAUUUCUUUUUAAUAAUUUUCGGUUAUUUCCGUGACUUUACGCGUAACCAUGGAUUAGAAAAAUACAAGGCAGUUAAAGAAAACGGCAAUGAGGUGAGAAAUAAUUUUAAUUAAGGUUGGUAGUUAUAUUUGGGGAAAGAGGUGAUUUUUGAGUGCUUGUUCGCUGAGCAAUGGAAGUGAAACUCUGGCAAACCGGUAUUAUGUUACAUAACACGUUACAGCACAAAAAUAUUAGUAAAACGCCUUAUGCAGAACGAUGGAGAAAUAUUUAUGUGAAAAGCAAUAAUGGCCUCUGGAAAAAAGAAUAUUGCUCUAAGCUACGCAUGUAUAAUUUGAACAGGUGACGAUUAGAGAGUCUUCAAGAAAUUUUAUAACCCGGCAGCAAGCUAGGAGAACCUCCAUUGUAUCAGCCGAAGAAUCAGUUUAACAUAUUUUUGCUUGGGUAAACUAGGAAAUUGAAGGUUUGAAUUAUUUGAAUAGUGGUUUGUAGAGAAGUACCUAAAAUCUACUUUUCAUUUGUUAUUGUUUCACAAUACUAUUUAAAUUGUUUUUCUAAACUUUGAACUUUUGAAACUUUACGCGUGCGCAACAGCGCGUCUGAAAAGUGGCGUGAUCGCUAAAAUUUAUGCCGGCGCGUGUAAAGUCACCUACACCCGGUUGGGAGCGACUCUUGUUUAAAGGGGACGAGAAAACUCGUCGCAAAAUAAGAAUUAAACAUUUUACGUCUGGUGAGGGCUCUAGCGUUAUUUGAGUUGUGUAGGAGACUUCCGACCAACACAUACAACCAAAUACUUGGAGCUGUAGUAAUUUUAAUUCUUCCAAAGAAGUUCACAACGGUCAACCUCGUUCCCAGGUUCUCUCUCGGGUAGGAGAAGAGAACCCUGGGAACGAGGUUGCACGACGUUGUGGGUUCUCUCAGCACAACCCUAAGCAAAACUUGUUGGGUAACUUUCUAUUCUAAACAAUCUAAGAGAAAACAAAACCUGCAAUUCAUCUCCCACACCAAAGUAAUAUAGCGACGAGCUUCCGUCCCUUCCAUAUGGUUGUCCCCCCCGGAUUCCAAUGAGAAGCGACUGUCAUGUUCACCUUAUUUAGAGCUGUGUAUUUGAUUUGAACCCGUCCGCUUCUGUAUUUUUUCGAGUUACACGUUUAGGUUCGGCAUCCAGAAAAUAUCAAUUAGUAACGUUGUUUCAAAGUCCUAGUAAUAUUUGUGACAUAAUCAGUAUUUUAAAACAGCUAUAAAAAUGCCGUACCUGAUUUUGGCUUGUUCAGGAAAAGCGACUGAUGUAUGUGGUAUUCGAUGAUAUGCAAAUAUUUUUUGGGGACCUAACUAUAACAGAAACACUUCUAUAUUGUUGUGUAAAUUCUCAUCCUUCAACAUGUGAAUCAGUAAUAAUUUUAACAAUUGUUGCUCCUUUAAACUGAAACACUGUUGACUCAGCUGUGAGAAUCGUUUUACAAUUUGCAGCUGCGGCAAGAUAUCAGUCUAAGAGCUUUCAGUUUUCUUUUUACUUAAUAGCAAGAUCGUCAUAGAGAAAAGGAAAAAAAAGGAUAGUUCCCUCUUGCACCCAUGGCAAUUAAGUUUUUAAACAACUAUCUGCAAGUAGAGUUAAUGAUUUGUUAGAAGGUGCAAGACCUUGAACAAUUAUACUACGGUCAUUGAUAAGAGUUGAAAAUUCCCUCUAGAAAUUCUUUUAAGAUCUGCUCAGGUUCUGCCAUUUUCUUUGGCUCUCAGAUUGUAGUUUUUCAAAAUCUGCUUGUAUCCUCUUUCCAAUUCUUACCAUCGUUUACUGUCUCUAUUAGCAACGAGUUGAAUUGACUCCCGAGGACUAAUCGUUCGUCACUGAAUCGUGCACGAAAAUCUCCAGAAAUUGUACCGAGCGGAAAGGAAACCCAGUACAGUAUAUUUCUUUUGUUGUUUUUGAAUGCUUUUGAUGUUGUGUUCGACGGCAAACGGGAAAGACCUAACGGACGCCAAAUUAACUUAACGAAUCAAUUGAUAAAAGCAAAUUUUUUCAGGCAAUAUUUCGAUAUAAGUUUAAGUUUUUUUGCAUAAUCUUUUCUUCUCAGAAGAUUGAAUGUUAAUAAAUGUUGUCUCUAAAAGGAUCGAAAAAGGAUCUCUGCUGACUUAGUUGUUAGGAUAUAUUUUGCAGCUGUACCAAAAUUUUUAAUAUAACAAUCCGCUAAUUACCAAUGAGUCAAAAUGUCAGAAAAAACAACUAUCGUAACGUUAUAUCAGAAAUGAGCGACCACAAGACUGUUUGAUUUUGUCUCUUAACUGUAGAUUUAUUCCUUGUUUUUGACCAUGAGUUGUGAUAUUUAGAUCUGGAAAGCGUUAAUUAGCCUUUUGCUGUUGUUCGUGUUUACUUGGCCAACGCUUGCCUGACUUACACUCGGCUGCACUGAAUGAUUCGUCUUUGCACGGCUUGCACGACCCUUAAAUUACAGAACAAUUUGACGGGGUAGGCGGGCAUUCAUGAUGUGCUUGUGUUAGGCUUGAUUUGUUAUAUGUACAUACGGUGACGGGAUAAAAAUAAUGAUCACACGCAAAAAAAUACCAGCAUAUGAAAAUGAUUUCCAAAUUUAAGAAAGGAAAGGUUUUUAGAGUAAUGUUUAAAGACGCCAUGAAAGAGUGUAAACGGACCGGAGACCCCAUGUUCUAAUUCUUGGGCGGAUUAAGUCGAUAAAGUGGGUAUAUCGGAAACUCAUUUUAAUGAUCUUUACUGACCAGUGAAGGCAAAGAAGAGUAAUUAAGCUGAAAUGACUUCGAGGACCUUCCAGACGUCUGGGGGAAUAAGAGAACAUAAAAUGUUGAUAAUUUCCUUUUAAGAAACAAGCCGAACCGUUGAACAUUGUAUCUUGAAAAUCAAGGAGGAAAAUUUAACUAUUGUAGAAAGCAAGGGAACAUGAGCCAUCCCCAUUGUCCCCUUUUGGAGGCCCUCACUAUUGAGGCGCAUCGGUAUCGUAACGGUUUCAGCAUAAUCAACCUAUCUUAUGCAAACGGCCGAGAGUUGGUUUUCUAAAUAAUUCCGUACUUUUUUUUUUCGUCUCCGUUUUGUUAGGGUUUUGUACCACUCUACUCUGAUUUUGAGAGUUUCUACACCCGGAACAUGUAUACUCGUGUUAGAGACUGCUUUAACAGACCGAUCUGUAGCGUUCCAGGCGGAGAGAUAGACCUGCUUGACAGGGAAUCAGAGGACUGGAACUGGACCUUCAGGUAUGGUUGCCCAGGAGCUUGUUAACAGGCUCUUGAAGCUCGCGCUGAAACUGGGCCUAGUUGGGCAAAAUGGACUGGGACUAGUUUGGAAUGGACCUUAAUUCGGCGCUUUUGAUUGCGAUCGCUUACUUUUUACCGUAUAAAGUCAAUUAUUUCGGACACCCUCAGCUCUGAGAUCGCGAAUCGGUGUGCUCAAUUCCCCACCUCAGAAGCUCAAGGGAGGAUGAAUACAAGCUUUGGUUGCAGUGAUUUCUGGGAACGCCUGGUUAUUUAUAAUUGGUUGAUAGUAUUCAAGGCAACCCACAAAUCAAAACUAACGCUUGUCCUCCCAAACGAUUCCAGAUUCCAGAAAUCGUUUCGCCCUAAGCUUGUACCCAUUCCCUUAUAGUUUCUGAAGUGGGAAAGCGAUCGCGAGAGUCCGUAAAAAUAGGGCCUGAGUAGAAUUUCCUUAGAGAACAUUUGCAUUAGAGAGGCAUGGCACAUAGUUGUAAGCAGCUCGAUUGAUGCGCAAUAUAGGAAUCGUAAAUCAAGCCAAAAAGACAACUGGAUGUGAUGAUAAAAGACGGAUGAAUAUCUUUUUCAAGUUGUUUGUUAAUGUUGAAAGAUGCUGUUCGGUGUCCGUUAGAACAAGAUUUAGAAUAGAAAGAAGCUGUACGUAUCUACGCCUGGGGGGCUACUUAACAUCAUUUUAUAUGGUAAGGCUCUACCUCGAGUUCUAACCCCUUAGUAACCUUUUAUAUACCACUUUUGGCAAAAAAUGGUAUCCCUUUCGUGUUCCUUUCAUAGAAAAAUGGUGACCAUUUCAAGUACCUACUAACAGUAAGUCUUGUUUUCAUUACAUGUAGUGCUUGAUAUUAAAAUUAAAUGAUACGACUGUAAGGUGCUUCUGUUCGAAAUAUUUUAAUUAAGGGUCUUUUAAAUAACAAAAUGACAGAUUUUUCUACACUUUCACCGUAUAGGCCAUCAUAGGGAGUACCCCAACCCGUAGCUUCGCCAGCGGGAGUACGUAAUUACUGGAUUUUUUUUAGUCAAAAAUCUGUAAUGGUCCAUAUUACUAGGGUGUCUGUUAUAACGAGGUUUCUGCAAUGCGAGAGUUCGGUGUACCUCAUCAAGGGAGCAAGUGUGUCGCAAAACGACAGCACUUAGGCCUCGGCUGAUUGUGCUCCUAAAAGUGGCAAAUUAUGCAGAAAUUAAUGUAUAAGUCCCUAGAUUCCCAAAUUAUGCUCAUGAGUUUCUGUUACUUGGCAGUGGAAAAAACUUUCAGAGGCAUUUCGCAAAUAAGUGCCAAGAUUUUCGUCUUAUGUUCAAUGACGUUCCUUUUUCUUUAAAUUCACAGUUACCCUGGAACGAAGACCAGGGCGUUGAAUCUUGCAUCAUACAACUAUCUUGGGUUCGCCGAGAAUUCUGGGCCAUGCUCAGAAGCCGCUGAGCAGGCGGUGCGCAGAUACGGUGUUGCGGGUUGUAGCCCAAGAAAUGAAUAUGGUGAGAGAAUAUUUUUGCAUUGAAAAUAAAUAUGGGACUUUUCUUUUAGCAUCUAUUCCCGAUGGUCUAGCAAUCGUGCCGCUGUGUAAAAACUUUCUUUGCCCCCGUGCCGAUAUUUUUGUUCGACUUUGUAAAAGAUAUAUGACCACGAAGUAAGAUCCUUUUCUUAUCUCAUUUAUGUUACAAUGUUAGCCUGUGGUCUGAGAUGGACGGCCUUGGAAACUUGAUGAGUAUACGGGAAGGUUCCUCUAGUCAGUCACGAUACCUUUCGUUGGCUAGUCGGUCUACUUGUUCUCACGAUCAAAACUCGUGGCAUCAGGCCUGAUCUGGGGUAUUAACGUCGCCUUUAGAUCGCAUAAUUUUUUCGCAAAUGUUUCUAAAGCCGCCUAAAGUCGCCUUAAAUAAAAAAAAGUCGCCUUAAGUUAAGUCGCCUUAAGGUCCCAGAGUAGGCCUUGGUACCUGUUUAAAAUGUUCACAUGCGAGUCACGUUUUGCGUGCUUGUUAUUAGCGUCAUUCUAAUCAGGUAACUUGGUCAUUAUAACAUGAGCAACGUGUCCCCGACAAAGGACUUAUACAGUUCCAUUACAAUUUCCCCUAGCUGUCUUCUCUUCUUCCUUUUUUUUUUUUGUAAUCUGUGUGAUAUUGAAAUUCUUAUUAUCAGGCACUCUCGCCAUUCACAACGAGCUGGAAGGCCAGGUUGCACGGUUUGUCGGUAAACCUGCAGCUAUGGUGUUUGGAAUGGGAUUCGCCACCAACUCCGCAAAUAUACCCGCCCUGGUGGGGAAAGGAGAUUUGAUCAUCAGUGACGAGCUCAACCACACCUCCCNAAAUAUACCCGCCCUGGUGGGGAAAGGAGAUUUGAUCAUCAGUGACGAGCUCAACCACACCUCCCUCAUCUUAGGAGCGAGACUUUCAGGAGCUAAAAUUAAAGUCUUCAAACAUAAUGGUAAAAUGAAUUUAAUAACUAUGUCUGGUGUAUAACAUUCGAUAAGAGUAUUAAGUAAAGCGCCGUAGAUGGGUCGACAGAAAGCUUUAGCAACGGCGACUGCAACGAGAACUGCAAAAAAGCGAGAGGUUUAGAUUGGCAAAACAACAUCUCUGCGGCCGAGGAGGAUAACACCCUCCUCGAUCUACAUUUUUCUUCAGAUGAUAUUCAGCCUCAUUCUUAUUAUUCAUUCAAAAUAAUUCCUAGUUUAAAAACAAGCUAAAACAUGCUACCUCCAUCAAUGUUAAGUUCAUCUUCGAAAGUGCAUGUUUAGGAGAUAAAGGCUUGUUCAGUUCUGCAAAUAUUUUCCAAAUAGCAGAUGUCGUUGGUCGAGUUGUCUUCUUGCUGUUCUUGCUAUGUUUUUAGCCAAUAGUUCAUGAUCACCUAUUUGUUCCUCGUGAAACGAGUGAAAUGUUCCGCCACUUUAUAGGUAUUCACUACCAAAAAAACCCAACCUCGUCCCCAGGUCUUCUCGGUUAACCGUUCAAUAAUCUGGCAAUUUUGCUGUACGAUUGAGGUCAUCAGUUCACAUAUCGCAAAAUUCUUCCAGAUUUAAUUGGUCGACAAUACCUGGUUAUGGUGAUUAUGCGUGGAAUUUUAGCCUAUCAGAAACGGAGAAAUAUUGUGAAUGAAUAAUAUUCCUAUUUUCCUUCGCUCAGUUCUCGUAGCACGCUUUUAAAGCACUUGGAGCUGUAGCAUUUUUCCCGUUUUUUCUUUUCACCGUUGAAUACCAUGUUUUCCGAUGUUUAACACCCGUAAACCGUACUCCCUCGCUUUACAAGUGUUCAACACCUGAAAAGUGCGGUGAGAGGGAGCGUAUGUCUGCUGUAGCCUGUUCGCGCCUUUUGCAUUGUUUCCCAAGCAGCCGAUUUUGUCUCGUCGCACAAAGAUCCCCCCAAGGGGAGGGGGAAGAGCGUUGGGUCACGAGACAAAAACGGCUGCAAGGGAGGCUACCUAUUGCACAGGUUGAGCACAAGACUCAACUGCUAAAGUCUGCUUUGCGUCCUGAAUGGUUCAAAGGGGGAGGGUGCAGCUUGAAUUGGAAGGCUUAAUAUUAAACAACCCUACUCCCCGCGUUUAUUGCUCAGGCAACGUCGUUUUUUAUAUUUUCUUUGUCUUCAAUACUUUUCGAAGAUAUGAAGUGUUUAGAGAAGACCCUAAGGGAAGCUGUUGUCCAAGGACAACCAAGGACGCACAGAGCGUGGAAAAAGAUUUUAAUUAUUGUAGAAGGAGUUUAUAGGUAAGUCUUAAGGAAAGUUGCUUCGUCUGCGUCGAACCUCGGAUGUCUCUUUCACCAUGUGUAAUUAGAGAUAUGUCCAGGUUUACUCUGUUUCGGAAUUUACAUUCACAAAAUUUUGCUAGAAUGUUACGAAAAUUGCGAAAAUAACGAAAUUUUGUAAGGCCGUUGACGAAAAGUGACGAGGAACUGUAAAUAAGGCCAAAUAAGGCCCUUGACGAAACAGGUGUGAAAUUAACCCAAGAGAGUCCCUACCGUUACUGCCCUACCUUUGAAGUUCCCCGCCCUUUCUCUGUCAUUUGGCUCGUUUCGUGCAAUUUCUUGAGGCACCUGUGGAGGAGUCUGGUGCUGCACAAUGUUGGCGCAUUCACAAUUUCAACACUAGUCACUGGAAUCUAACCCCUGUUGUCUUUUGCGUGAAGCUUUUCAUAGGGCAACCAGAUUUUGCACAGGUACCUCGACCGCUGAUCCAAAAAGUCUUGCAUUGCUAAGAUAUUCUUAAUCAUGAGAACCCGUUCAUAUCAAUGAGAUGAUAAUAGAAUCGCACCAUGCAAGAUAAGCCAAGACAGUUCUUGGAUUAUGGAUUCCACGCUAUGGAUUCCGGAUUUCUUGUCAGUGGAACGUGGUCUCUGGAUUCCAAUUGUUAGCAGAUUCCGGAUUCCUUUAGCUGAAUUCUGGAUUUCAAAGCCCUGAGAUUCUCUUAGGAAAAAUUUGCUGGAUUGUGGAAUUCCACAUUACCUUACAUGAGAAAAGAAAAUCAUAUACAAUCAAUCCUCUUACACACGUCAUGUGGCAAACACUGCAAGUUUUGGCUUACUGGGGGUGCAAAUUGACGCCCAAAUUUACAUCUUCAUUUUAUUUGACUUUUUAAGCAUGGAAGGUUCAUUAUCCAUGCUCCCAGAAGUUGUUGCCCUUAAAAAGAAAUACAAAGCGUAUCUUUACUUGGACGAGGCCCACAGCAUUGGUGCCAUGGGUCCUCGUGGAAGAGGCGUGACUGAUUACUUUGGAGUGGACCCUAAUGAUGUCGACAUCAUGAUGGGUACAUUUACUAAGAGUUUUGGUGCAGCAGGGGGAUACAUUGCGGCAUCUGAGGUAAGAGCCCUAGUGGCCUUUGCGUAAUGUUGGCUUCUCUAUAGUGUAACAAAAACAAUCAUGUAAACAGGGGGCCGAUCCAGAAAGUUCAGAAAGGGGCGGCGGGGACAUAUGGCAUUUAUUUAUUUAUAUAUAGAUACAAUUUUAUUUUUACCGAGAAUUCUCUAAAGAUAAUACAACAUUUCACAGAAAAAUGUUUAGCCGCGGUCCACUCUUGGUUGACCCCUAAAUCCGUUUGUGGUGAAUGGUUUUAACCCAGGAGUCGUGUCAUAAGUAGCUAAAAUAUGAUCGUCUUGGCGAGUGUUGUCCUGAAUAUGACUAUUGGUAAACGUGGCUGACGUUUUGAAAGCCUGUGUGAAAGUCAUUAUUAGAGCCUAAGUGAGUUGUGACUUGUCAGUGGAUAGUUCUAUUAAAAUCUGGAUAUUGACCUGAUUGCUCAAAUAGGUCGCUUUAGGUUUGGUCGUCUGUAAGUUCUGCCACAAUGUUACUGGCUGAAAGGUGUGCGUUUUGAUCCAUUUUUUGGACUCUUUUAUCUUUGUUAUUUCGGUCGCAGAGAAUAGUUGGUUGAUAUAGUUUCAUUCAGUUUAUAAUUAUUGCUGUUUACUAUUUUCUGAUGCCUCAAUUUUUACUUUCUUAAACAUUUUUAUUUUGUAGCAACAAACAAGCGUCCUCCUGGCGUCAAGUUUUGUUUUUGUUUUUAAAUGAUAACUGUUUUGUACUAGGAGAUAAUAAAUCAUAUCCGUGGAAAAUCCCAUAGUGCUACAUACGCAUCCUUCAUGUCCCCACCAGUGGCGAUGCAAAUUAUAAAGUCAAUGAAAAUUAUCAUGGGAGAGGACGGGACGAAUAGAGGUACGUAGAUCGUUCCAUGCAGUCUAGAUACUGUUUUUACAUUGACGUUCAUUCGAGUUAAAUUCUGGAUUUGACUACAGGGCACUUAGUCUGCGAAUAAGCUCUCCAUUUGGAGAAGUCUGCCCCUAGCGGCUCGCUUCGCUUGCCAUAAAUGGAGAGCUUGCUACUGUUGCAGGCUAAAGAGCACUGGAAUCGACAAUCAGCUACAAUCGAGCCUAGUGCUAUCCCUUCUGUAGCCUGAGAAAACAGCCGACACUUCGCGACGUCACUUAAGGUGGUUUUCCCGCGAAAUGAAGUCUGAGGAACGCACGCAGAAAUUCCAUAAUGAUGACGUAUCACUAACCAGGUCUGGGGAGUACAUUUGAUUGGUUGAAGAAAAAUUUCCCUAGCUGCACGACCAAUCAGAAGAACUACCCAGAUCUUGGUAGUGACACGUCAUCAGUAUGAAAUUUCUGCAGUCGUUUUAAUAAUUGUCAGACGUGAUUUUGCGGGGAAACCACCGUGGUAGCGUUGCAAAAUGUAGGCUGUUUUCCUUAAAUGUAAUUAACAUAAUUUUAAAUUCUAUCCUAAAUUAAACUCGAAGCCAGUGUAAUGAAUAUAAAACUAGAGUGGUAUGUGAAAAUCUAGGUAUAUUUAACAGUUAAUGAAUGAGGCUGAGUAUCUUAUGAAGAAUUAUGGAGAUCGAGGAGGGUGUUAUCCGUCGAGGCCGUAGGCCGAGGCAGAUAACACCCUCCGAGAUCUCCAUAAUUCUUCAUAUGAUACGAAAGCCGAAUUCAAUAACUGUUUUAUUAUUCAUUCAAAAUAAUUCCUAGUUUAAAAACAUGGCUAAAACAUGCUUACCUCCAUCGAUCCAUCGAUGUUCAGUUCAUCUUCGAUAGUGUACGUUUAGGUUUGUCCAGCUCCGCAAAUAUUCUCCAAAUAGCAGAUGUCGCCCUUCGAGUUAUCUUCUUGCUGUUCUUGCCAUGUUUUUACCUAUUUUUUCGCCUAGUUCUUACUCUUGAAAAGAGUGAAAUGUCCGCCAUUUUUUCAAGUUCACAACCAAAACAACUCAACCUCGUCCCCAGGUCUUCUCGGUUAACGGUGCCUUAACCUGCGAAAACGCUGCAUUUUUGACGUCAUUUCCUCGUUAAAGUCAAAAUUCUUCCAAAUUUGGUCAUCAGUAACUGGUUAUGGUGAAUGAAACGCGUGCUUUUCGCCAAUCAGAAUCGGGGAAAUAUUUUGAAUGAAUAAUAAUAAUAAAAAUUAAUGAUGCUGCAGAGUUCUGAAGGCGUUGAAGUUUUGUUAUAUGUAGGGACGAAGAUCAUAUAGAAUACUGUUACAAUAAUCGAUACUUCCUAUUAUUAAUGCAUGAACCAAUGUUCUUGUUGCUUUGGUACUUAGAUAUUUUGUUAUAUGCCUGACAUUUGUGGGAUUGUAAUACGUGGCUUUACAUGUACUAUAUUUACUUGAACCUGUAGGCUAAGUAAAGUGUCAAUCCAAGUUCCUAAAUUUUUAACGCGGAACCAAAGGGUACACGAGCAUCCCCGACUGUAAGACAGUCAACUUGAAACCUUGCCAAAUGCUGUCGCGUACCUAUAAUAAUAACUUCUGUCUUAUCGUCAUUAAUCUUGAGUUUAUCACACAACACCCACACUCUGAUUUCACCAACGCAGACCUCCAUAGUAGAAAAAGCUUCGUUAGUGCUCGAGGCACAGUCAGGCUAUAAAGGCCAAGUAUAACUGCGUGUCGUCUGCAUAAGCAUGUACACUUGGCAAGUGUCGUUUGACCACAAAUAAUUGUUGCUAUGAACUGUUUUGUUUUUUAAACAUACUAGGUAGACAAAGGAUUACGGCCUUGGCAGAGAAUAGCAGGUAAACUUAAAAUAUCAGGAAAAUUUGGAUACAAUUUCAUAAGCAGUUUCAAAGGUAUGAGAAAGAAGGAAGGUCCCGAAGACGCUUUUUGAGAUUAGCAAAAGUGGUGGAGCUAAUAGUGGUAGAGAUAAAUAUAUGACUUUUGAUUGAGUACAAAGAUAGAUCAAAGCUUAGUUAAAAUUUCUAAAGAAUAUAAAUGCUUUAUAUGAACCUCGCUCUUACACGCCGCUGUUUAACAGGUAUUUUAGACAAAGAUUGAAAGACAUGGGAUUUAUCGUGUAUGGCCAUGAAGCUUCAGCAGUGGUGCCCAUUCUUCUUUACUUGCCGGCAAAAUGCGUGUAAGUGAAGUUUUAACUUUAUAGAAGACUUGUGUUUUGUCUUAUUAAAAUGUUACUUAAUGUCUUUCUGCACUUUUGCAUGCGUAUGCGUAAUGUGUUUUUGCAUCUAUCCCAAGUGUUGUCACUCACAAUUCAUCUAUAUUCUCUCUCAGCGCCUUCUCUCGGGAAUUGUUGAAAAGAAACAUAGCUGUAGUAAUCGUUGGGUUUCCUGCCACCUCCAUAAUCGAAGCCCGGGCGAGAAUCUGUCUCUCAGCAUCACACUCGAGAGAAAUGUUAGACAGGGUAAGCUAAGGUCUCUUUGCAGGGGUGUGGCUAACUGUUCGCAAGGUACGCACGUGCAUACCAAAAAAAUAUAUAAUUAUAUGGAUUAAAAAGUGAAUUGUCUGGAAAAAAGCAAAUAGAUUAAAAAGCACAACAUUCCUUAAUUCAUUUAAUUCUGCUUGUGAUGAAAUAAUGUUUUUCUAAAACAACAGACUUUUCCUUUUUACACCCGAAUGUCGGUUUCCAGAGAAGAAACGCGAGAUUUAUUAGCCAAUCGACAUAUUCAGAAAAAAAAGCGGAAAAAGUGUGUACAUACAUAAAGCGUCAACGUAAGGGGAGAGGGGGUAAGAGGUAUUUUGAAAAUUGUGCGUAUAUCUGGAAAAUCCUAGUUACGCCCCUUCUUUGUUACAAAUUAUUUGUAAUUGCAGUUGUCUGCAUGACUUAGCCUAAGAGUGUGUACUAUAGAUGUGAUGUCCUUUUGGUUUGUUGAGUUGUCUAAAGAUUAACCGGUUGUUUUUUAGGCGCUGAAGGCCAUCGAUGAAGUGGGUGACAUACUCAAGGUGAAGUAUUCACGGAGGACACCCAUAACACAUCAAUGAAGCUGACGUGACAGUUCUCAAAUACAAUUAGGUUUUUAAAUUGGGCGAAGCUGGGUAUUGAAUUUAGUUUAGUGACUAAAAGUUCGUUUUAUGUAUCUAAAAGGAAUAGUGCGUUUUC